CCGGUUUGGAGCAAGGACCUCACUGGUGGCUGCCGCAGUUUGUUGGUCUGAGCCUGGGUUCUGGGAACUGAGAUCACCUGUUGUCCUACUCGCACUCCUGCUUGCUGACCCUGAUCCACAGUCAUCAUGUCUCGGGGUCAGAAGCGUAAGCUCCAAACCCAUGAGAAACGCCGCCAAUCCCAAGGUGGGACCCAGGCACCGAAGGGUGCUCAGGUCACUGCAACCAAGGAGGAAGCAUUCCCCUCCUCGUCCCCUCCUCCUUUUGGUGUUAUUACUCCUCAGGGAAAGCCUGGUGCUAGGUCACAUAGCGCUCUCAAGAAGGCUCAGAAAGCCCUAUCCACCACCACUAUGUCUGCAGCUGUUUCUCACACAAGAUCAUAUGAAGGAGCCAACCGCAAAACUGCGAAAAAAUGCAGUUCCUACCAGGCCCCACUCUCCACUGUGCAGUCUCAAAGAGACCCUCUAACCAAGGUGACCGGUAUGUUGGUGCAGUUCCUGCUGCACAUGCUCAAAAUGAAAAAGCCCAUUGUGAAAGCAGAUAUGCUGAAGGUUGUCGAUAAAAAGUACAAAAGUCGCUUCCUUGAGAUCCUCAAAAGAGCUUCUUUCAGUAUGGAGGUGGUGUUUGGUGUUGACUUAAAGGAAGUCGAUUCUGCCAAGCAUUCCUACAUCCUUGUCAACAAGAUGGACCUGCCCAACAAUGGGACAGUGAGCUGUGGCAGAGGAUUUCCCAAGCCCGGUCUCCUAAUGAAUCUCCUGGGUGUGAUCUUCCUGAAGGGUAACUGCGCCACUGAGGAGGAGAUCUGGAAAUUCCUGAAUCAGAUGAGAGUAUAUGCUGGGAAGAAGCACUUCAUAUUUGGGGAGCCCAGGAAGCUCAUCACCCAAGAUUUGGUGAAGCUUAAGUACUUGGAAUACCAGCAGGUGCCCAACAGUGAUCCUCCACGCUAUGAAUUCCUGUGGGGCCCAAGGGCCCAUGCCGAAACCAGCAAGAUGAGAGUCCUGGAGUUUUUGGCCAAGAUUAACCAUACAGUCCCCAGUGCCUUUGAGUCUUGUUAUAAAGAAGCUUUGAGAGAUGAGGAAGAGAGAGCCCAAGCCACAGGCGCACUGAGGGCUGACACCGAUGCCACCGCCAGUGAAUGUUGUGGGCCGUGUCUGGCAGCUCCUCCCACAUCUAGUGAAGUUGAGGCAGAUUCUUCACUUUGUGGUUGAAGAGAGCAGUCAGUGUUUCAAGUAGUGGAGGGCUGGGUCUGACUGAGGGAACACAGUGUCUGACACCUGUGUGUUCCUGUUCUGUAUGGGUAAUUUGGAGGUUUAUCUGUGUUUUUUGCCAUUUUUCAAAUGUUGUUACUUCUCAAUGAAAUUUUAUCCAGCAUUAUAAUCUAAGUUUAUGAAUUAUAUUGGUCACGCUUAUUGUUAUUUGUCAAGCUUAAGAGUAGGAGUUUUGCUGUUUUGAAAAACAGUUGGGAGAGCUUUCAUCUAAUUUAGGAAUCUGGUGCAAGUUAACAUGGCAUUGGGAUACGCAUUUCCUCGAAAAUGUGAAAAAAUUAAGCAGUAAAACUAUGGAAACAAGACAGAGAGAAAGAGCAAGAUGGUCAAUAUUUGCCUUCCUAAUCCCUUUUACUCUGUUUUUAUGAAAUUAUAAAUAACAGUAUAUGCUUGGCUAAUUUAAGAAUAUAGAAUUAAAUAAAAAUAAAUUGA